AUGCCUCAAAAAACCACUCAACGGAAGGGGAAGGCAUCACGCCCGACCCGAGGACCUGCGUCGUCACCAUCUGCCGGCACCGGUCGCACAGCCGCUAAUUCUGCGGAACCCACGACGUCUGCUUCGAAAGGCGAUGAGAGUCUCGAUGAUGACGUUGGCAGCCUCCGGAUGGAGGCCCUGACAUUGACUUCCACAACUGGCACGCAGACUGCCGCCCCAGCAAAAGAGGAAAAGAGCGUCAAGCAGAAGCCAUUCAGGUUCUUGGAUCUGCCACCAGAAUUACGCGCUGAAGUAUAUCUUUGGUACUUUGAGGGAAUAGACCACGUGGAUCUCGACUCCGAUAAUUACAAACGGAUUCACAAAAAGCUGGGAAUCUUCCGGACCUGCCGCAUCAUCCGCCAGGAGGCGCCACAUGCUUUCUACAGCUUCCGCACGUUUCGUAUCUUCCCCACGCAACCAGGCCGACACUUCAAAACCAAGAGACCGCUUCUUGCACGGCUGAAUGAACGUCAGCGUAGACUGCUGACGUCGCUAGAACUGCGCCUCGGCCCGGGCUGGAAUAAACCGCCACGGGGCUGGGUCGUGAACUCGGCAUUGGGGCUCAGCGACUGCGUCAACGUACGCAAGCUGACCGUCUUUGUUGAAUGUGACCCUAGCGAUAAUGCGUUCAAGGGUUUCCGUCAAUACGAUGGGUUUUACGAGAAUUUCUCUCGAAAUUUGCUCGACGAGGUUCUGGGAGCGCUGCCGACUGUUCGCUGUGUUUAUUUUGAUGCGUGGAGCAGCGUCAAGAAAUCAGGAGCCAUGAUGGCGGGCCUGUUAGAUGUUGCCGAAGCACGAGGGAGGACAAUUCGCUGGGGUCCCGAAAGGAACUGGACGGACCAGGACGAGGAGAUUGUUGUUGAAGCACCGUUGAGCGCUGCGCUUAUGUUACUAGGCGGCCUGUGA